UAGAGGAGAAUCCAGGUCUUUGAGAGCAGGCUACAGCGAGUAAUUUAAGGUGAUAUUCGGAGUUCGGAGUCACAUUAGCUCGUUCGGUGUGGAGAAUACAGUGUGGAUUUCUUAGGAUUGGGAAGAAUGUCUCCUUGAGAAGGAAUUCCGUUUCUUAAAAUUUGCAUGAGGCAUAUUCAUAUUCAUAUAGUAUUGCUUUUGACUUUAUGAAAUAUUUGAUUAAAGAUCUUCGUUUUAGUAUCAGCGGACGGUUAUGCUUAAUGUUUUUAUUAUAGAAAUGUAAAACUGUAUUUUCGAUUGCAAAACAUCAGAGAUCCGUCUAGUGCAGGGAAAAGGAGGGGAAAAACAAGAGAUCCGGGUUGAAAAUGUAAGAGGAUUUGAUUUUGCAGCCACUGAAAAGAGAUUAAGUCGACAGCAGUGGAAGUUAAAUUGUGCUGCAUAUAAAAAAAUGGGCGGAUUGGUCUUUAGAUGAGAGAUUGGUACCACCUUCCAUUCUAAAAUAAAAUCGCCCUGGCAUGAAGUCACAGCCUAUUUCACAUCCGGUUUACCCAGGGACAUAUUACUAUUGUCUUGGUAAAGAAAGGCUUUAUUUGGCUGCAAUCUCUGAAUUUAGAGUAGAUUUUGUAGUUAGAUUACCAAUUUGCAGGGACUGGGAAGAGUCUAACUCCCCACACGAAGGAAUAGCGCGCGAGACCUGCGCAGGCUCGACAUCGUCAGCAGCCGCUACACGAGCCUCCAGCUAAAAUUCGGCAGAUCAGAGAUCUAUGAGGAUUUUUCGCAACGUAUCCGUCUAGAAAAAAGGUAUCCGUAAAAGUUGAAGGAUACGACACAGUUGAAUAUCACUGGCAUAUCGAUAUAAAUUUCCCUCAGUGAAAAACAAUGUUGGGACGAACGGCAUCAGCAGUACUGUGUAUAUGGGCCUGCGUGUUGGUGGUAAAUGUCUACUCUGGAAAAAGCUCCAAUCAGAACAGCGUCUCUGACGAGCAGAAGGACAACACCACUGUGUUCACCCGCAUCCUGGACAGCCUGCUGGACGGCUAUGACAAUCGCCUCAGACCUGGCCUCGGAGAGCGCGUAACUGAAGUCAAGACUGACAUUUUCGUGACGAGUAUCGGACCCGUCUCAGACCACGACAUGGAGUACACCAUAGACGUCUUCUUUCGCCAGAGCUGGAAAGACGAAAGGCUAAAAUUCAAAGGGCCAAUGGCCGUGCUCCGUUUGAACAACCUGAUGGCCAGUAAGAUCUGGACCCCGGACACGUUCUUCCACAACGGGAAGAAAUCGGUGGCCCACAACAUGACCAUGCCGAAUAAACUGCUCCGUAUCACGGAGGAGGGGACCCUGCUCUAUACCAUGAGAUUGACGGUGAGAGCAGAGUGUCCCAUGCACCUUGAAGAUUUUCCGAUGGAUGCCCACGCCUGCCCAUUGAAGUUCGGCAGCUAUGCCUACACGCGUGCGGAGGUGGUGUAUGUCUGGACGAGAGGGGCCGCCCAGUCCGUGGUGGUGGCUGAAGAUGGGUCUCGACUCAACCAGUACGACUUAAUGGGCCAGACGGUGGACUCCGGCGUGGUCCAGUCCAGUACAGGAGAGUAUGUUGUCAUGACAACACACUUCCACUUAAAGAGGAAGAUUGGCUACUUCGUCAUCCAGACCUACCUGCCCUGCAUAAUGACAGUGAUCCUGUCCCAGGUGUCGUUUUGGCUCAACAGAGAGUCAGUACCCGCUAGGACUGUGUUUGGAGUGACCACUGUCCUCACCAUGACAACCCUCAGUAUCAGUGCUAGGAACUCUCUUCCGAAAGUGGCCUACGCCACGGCCAUGGACUGGUUCAUCGCCGUCUGCUACGCCUUCGUGUUUUCCGCCCUCAUCGAGUUCGCCACGGUGAACUACUUCACCAAGAGGGGCUACGCUUGGGACGGGAAAAGUGUUGUGCCUGAAAAGCAAAAGAAGAAGAAAGAGUCCAUGCUGAAGAAGAACAACACCUACACGGCUGCCACGGCGACCGCUUUCGCCCCAAACAUCGCCAGAGACCCUGGUUUGGCGACCAUCGCCAAAAGCGCCCCCCCACCGCCCACCGAGCCAAAAGAAGAGCCCAAACCCAAACCGCCGGAGGCCAAGAAGACCUUCAACAGCGUGAGCAAGAUCGACCGGAUCGCUAGAAUAGCGUUCCCCCUCCUGUUCGGAACCUUCAACCUGGUCUACUGGGCCACCUACCUCAACAAGAAGCCCAAGAUACAGGGGAUGCUUCAACCACACUAAUCUUCGCUAGGUCUCCUUUUCUCUCUUUGUCCAAAUGUUUUGUUUGAGGAAAAAAAAAAACGGUGUCUGAAGUGGUCCAGUUCCCACAAUGCUUCUGUGUCACACAAAAAUAGUAUACCUUCAAGAUUAAAAAAACAUCUCUUAGUAUCUGGGCAAUGUGGUAAAAAUGUAAUGGAACCAGUUUGAGGGGGAUUGUGCUACUCUAUUAAAACAAUAUGCUACAGUAAAGUAUACGCAAGAGAAUGCUAUUCUACAAAUGCACAUAGCCUAACUAUUGUUAAAGAUCUAUUUUUUUUUCUAAUAUUUUGUUGUGCAUUACACCAUCAAUACGUAAACACAGUUAUAUGGGAAAAUGUAAUAUUUGCAUGGGCUGAUUUUAUUUCUCUUUUUUUAAUGAUCAGUCAGCAUCUGACAAAUGGCCUAUGGUUUUUUCUUCCUGUUAUCAGUCACAAAAUGCUACCUUGAAUGAAAGUCAGAUAUUCUUCCAUACCUUGUAGUUAAUUCUUUUUGGUUUAUGAUUUAUCGGUUUUCUUUAUCUUUCUUGUUUUACGUCAAGAUAGGGUUUCAGCAAUAGCAAUAAAACAUGUCUCAGUGGAAACAAUUUAAUUCCAUUCAUGGAUUUAAAAAAGAGAAAAAUAUCCUUUGAUUAUCACAUGCUACAUUAAGCAUACAAUUUAUUUAGUUUUAUUGUAAAUACUAAUCAAGUGUUAGAGAUGUCAAUAUUAAGUUUAAGAUUUGCAAAAUGUAACUGUAAGAUAUAACUAAUCUAAACAAGGGAAAGAACACGUUUUUUUGAAGAUCUGUGUAUGAAAUAUUGAACAUAAUCGGUGUGAAGAGAGUAUUUAUUGGUUCACUUUUACCCGACUGUUUAGUAACUAAGUUAGUGUUCCAUUAAAUGCUGGUUUAAUUUGCCAGUGGAUAUUGCAGAUAUAUAAAUAAACAAUAUCCAAUCUUAUAUAUCUGUGUGUAUGUGUACACACUUAAAAAAUAUGUUUUAAGAAUGGGAUAGUGAUGAGUAAGAAUGUAACUGUAAUUUAAAUGUCGGAAUGCAUUUUAUAUUUAGAAUUGAAUCACUCUUGUUCUUUGUUUUUGGUUCCUAGUUUCUCUGGAAUAGACACUUAGAAAUGGCUGUAGGUCCUGGAGGACCCACGGGUUGGGUGUUUAGGUGGAGCUCUGCCAAAAGCCGGUGAAUAGGGCAAAUGUAUCGAGAGUGAAGAGCAGUGCCUUUCAAGUUUUCAGGGUUGACUGAUCGUAUGAAAGGCUGUUCCCUCCGCUCCGAGAUCCCACCCAACUUAUGUUCUGUCCUAUCGCUGGGGCUCUCUUAUGUCCCCCUACCCUUUUAGACCAUGCUCAGAAAGUACCAGCUACACUGCCUUCUAUCUCAAAUGCCCUUGGAAGAUAAAGACAGUUUUUUGUUUUCCUUUUCUAACACACUUAUAGCUGCUUGUCAAAAGAGAGACGGAAAAAAAAGCACCAGCGUUAUAGUUUAGUGCUGUAUCCUGGACACUAUGAUGUCUUCUGUUAUCAUGAUGAUGAUUAAUGUUUUAUUUUUGUUGCAUGAAAUCAGUCCCUCCUCCAAAAAAAACAAAACAAAAAAAAAAACAAACAACAGAAACCAAACCACGACAGAUAGAUGGGGGGGAAAGACUUUUGGUUUAAAAUUUUCACUCUGAAUACAAAUAUGAAUUGCAACUUUCCUUUGGCUAAAAAGCUUUCAGUUUGUUUUGUUUUUUUAAAUUACGUUAAUGUAGCAAUAUGUAAUUAGUAAGGGCUUUUUCACAAUCUCAACAAAAAAAAAGUUAUUUGAGGUGGUUUCCACGGUAGCUUUAGGUUGACCUCAGAGGGAAGUAUAGACGUGUACAAUGUUGAAAAAGAAAAAGAAAAAAUAACUUUUUCACCACAUAUCGGAAGGAGAUGUUUUACUUUUAUCUUGCCCUGGUCUUAAAUCAAUUGAAAAGCUGAUGUCACUUCAAACUCAUGUAGAUUAGCGGGGAGGGGAGAGGGUUGGUGGGUGGGGAGGUUGGGAGGGAGGGACAUGUCUGUUGUGGGUUUUAUGGUCUCUAAACUCAAAAUAAUUCCUCUGCACAUAGAGUUGCAGCAGAUCCAACAGAGGACCACCAUGGUAGUGUCAGGGUAUCAGAACACGGGCCAUAGGGGGCAGCUGUCUGCCCACCAGGGACAGUGAGGGGGUGGGUUCGGUUUGAGGGGGUGGGCCUGUUCCUACCGCAGUAGAUUUUAUGCAAGCGCACAGUUACAGAGUCCAUUGGAAACUCUAAGGAUGAAGACCCUUGAGAUAUGAUGUAUAAAUGUAUAGAUAUUUUGAUUCAAAUCUAUUGUAUGGAUGUUUAUCAUGCCUAAAGUAUAUAUAUAUAUACAUAUAUAAAUAUUUAAUAAUACUAAUAGUAAUAAUGAUAAUAAAUAUUGUUUGUAUCAACCUAUUGGUAUGCAUUUUGCACAUUAGAGCAUAAUUUACAUUUAAGUAGUCUGCUUUGUGCUAUGCAAGAACAGCUUUGAACCACUUUAAUUAGUUUUCCUUUUCAUUGUAUUUAAAAAGAACCAGAUAUUGUAUACAGCUUAACUCUUUACUAGAGCCAGUGUAUCCUAUUUAGCUUCUAUCCAUUGUUUUGCUCUGUAUUCACUCGCCAAAAGAGUAUUACUUUCAAAAUGUGUAUCUAAAUGGAGAGGUUGAGUGUCAUUCGUGGUUGAUUCAGAAAUGACAUUGAAUGUUAAUUGAAUAUCUAUUCAGAGACAUGGCAAUAAAAAAUUUAAAUUUCAUAUUUCCGUAAGGAAACGUAUAAUUAAUCCACUAAAUUCCCAUAUUUCAAACGCUACUGUGAAAAAUAUUUAAGGACAUGACCUCAGAACAUGUCAAAUACUAUGUAGAACCAUGUUGCUGUGUUUGCCAAAUACGAUUUGAGCUAUAAAUGAUGGCACAUUCAGAUUCAGUAUCAAAUUUAAUUAACAAAUUUAAACAAAAGCUCGUUUUUUUUCCAACACACAAUGUUUUUGUAUUGGUUUCUGCAUUUGUAAAAUGUACUACACAGAUCAUCGAAAAGGUUUCUCAUAUUUCUCAUAUUUCUUUGUCAAUUAUAUAUUUCCUGUUGCUCUAUGACACAAGGUUUCAUUUAUUUCAUUUCUUUCUUAAUAAAAUCUUUUAAGUGCA